GCCCUGCCCUCUCCUCCUCCUCGCCCCUCUCCUACGCCCCCCGCCCCUCUCUUCUCGCCCUCACCAUGCCCUCCGACGCCCCCGCUACUCGUGACGCUGGCUCUCCUCCUCAGUCCCGCUCUCCCUCCCCGACCGGCGCCGACGACAGUCUCACUCUUCGUGCGCUCGUGAGCACCAAAGAUGCUGGUGUCAUCAUUGGAAAGGCGGGCAAAAACGUCGCAGAACUCCGGGAACAGACCGGCGUCAAGGCUGGCGUCAGCAAAGUCAUUCCCGGCGUCCAUGAGCGGGUUCUGACUGUAACUGGCUCCGUGGAGGGUGUGGCAAAGGCGUACUCCCUCAUUGUAUCCCAACUCGUCUCCGCCAAUCCCUCCUCCCCCGUUACGUCCAACUCCUCUUCGCCUACCACUGCCAUCCGCCUCCUCAUCUCACACAACCUCAUGGGCAGUGUGAUUGGCAGGAACGGUCUGAAGAUCAAAGCCAUCCAGGACUCCUCGGGAGCGCGGAUGGUUGCCUCCAAGGAUAUGCUCCCCCAGUCCACAGAGCGCAUCGUGGAGGUGCAAGGGUCAUCCGAGUCGAUAGGCCGGGCAAUCGAAGAGAUUGGUCGCUGUCUUCUCGAGGACUGGGAACGUGGGGUCGGUACUGUCCUUUUCCACCCUGGCACGGGCGACGAGCGUUCGGGUCGUCGCACGCACCCCACCGGCCGAAGGGCUAACGGCGACGGGCGCGGGCGCACAUCACCUUCACCAAACUCGCCGUCAUCACCACAAGGGACCAACCUCCGCACUCAGAACAUCUCCAUCCCGUCCGACAUGGUUGGGUGCAUUAUCGGCCGCAACGGAACCAAAAUCACCGAGAUUCGACGACUGUCUGGCUCGAAGAUCUCCAUUGCGAAGGAACCGCACGACGAGACCGGCGAGCGCAUGUUCACCAUCGUUGGGACUCCCGAGGCCAACGAGAAGGCCCUCUUCCUCCUCUACAACCAGCUCGAGAGCGAGAAGGAGAGGAGGGUCGGUCGUGACCAGCAGCAACAGGAGGAGUUGCAGGACUAGCCGCGAACAGUUGUCAGGUGCUAGCAGGUCCAGAAGCUUGAUACGCUCUGGGCGGCGAUAGGUGAGGCUCGCGUUCACGCUCCCGACGCGUGCCUCUCCGUGCCGACCCAGUCCCCCAAUAUCAGAUAGCCCCCCAAUAUCGGACAAUCUCCUUCCGUCCCACCGUCCCUCCGACAUCUGUCAGCCAGUACCUCAGCGCUUGGCUGCGGUUCUCCCAUCUCGUUCCUUGUUUCCCGUCAUCCUCUCUCCUCUCCUUCCCUCUUCCCUCGUUCUCUUGUCCCCACCAAAAAUCGCCGAAAACUCCUGAUAGUGUACCUCCCCGCCUCGAGCUCCUAUCUUGACCUCUAGUCCGUCGCGUUAUUGUCUCCCUGUCCUUCCCUUAUGUAGCACACACCUCUGAUUCGCGGGCCAACAUGAUGCUUUUAACUCACGGGCCUCAAACUGACGUAACUGGGCUCUACCAUAGUGCUUUCGUGCAUCUCGCGCGCCUCAUAGACAGUAAAAGUAUGCGUAU